GGGGCAAUGGUUUUAUCAUGUGAUUGGCAGAUAACUACUCACAAAAUUGCUCAACGUGGUAAAUACCUCUUAGAGACUGGACAAUGGUCCGAUUGCAAAUUUAUCGUUGGUCAAGAACCUCAUCAGCAAAUUUUGGAAGGCCACAAAAUCUUCUUGGCUAUGUCCAGUCCAGUGUUCGAGGCCAUGUUUUAUGGUUCUAUGGCUGAGAAAAAUGACCCUAUACCCAUAAGAGACGUUCAGCCAGAGGCCUUUAAAGCUUUAAUGGAAUAUAUUUAUACGGACACGGUUGAGUUUGGAUCUUUUGAGCUUGCCUGCGAAUUGUGCUAUUGCGCAAAGAAGUACAUGCUGCCUUUUCUCGUCGAGGAGUGUACAAGAUUUUUAUGGUCCGAUUUGUCCAUAAAAAAAGCUUGCAGGGCUUAUGAGUUUGCUAAAUUAUUUGAGGAGCCAGUAUUAAUGGAAAAGUGUUUACAAAUUAUAUGCUCUAAGACCAGCGAAGUAUUGAAUGAAUCUAGUUGGGACGAAGUGGAACAGGGAACCGUGCUAACUUUAUUAGAUCAGGAGGCAUUGCAAAUCACUUCGGAGACCGAUUUGUUCAAUGCUCUGGAGAGAUGGGCUAAAGCAGAAUGCGUUCGCAAAUUAUUAGAACCCUCUGAUCCGAAGGCUUUAAAAUCCGUUAUCGGAAACGCUUUAACGAAAAUUCGAUUUCUCACUUUAACACCUCAAGAAUUUGCAGAGGGUCCUGGAAAGUCAUUAUUAUUAAUGCAGCAAGAGGCAUUUUCUAUUCUAAUGAAUAUAUCCUCUAAUAAAAGUAAUGUUCCAAUGCCCGAAGCAUUUUCCAUAAAUACCACUGUAAGAGCUAAAUCGAUAGUUCUAAAAGUCGACGACACAAAAAAAUGCAAUUCGGUCAACAUUUACACGCCAGUUAGACGACCAUAUUUAAUGGAUUCGUGUUCGAGCACUUACAAGAAUUCAGGACUUUUUGUUCAUGAUUUAAGUUAUCCAGAUAUAAUAAGAGAAGACAAUCGAGACGUGUAUAGAGACUCUCAAGAAGCUCCCAACGAAAUACUCAUUACAAAUAUUAGGGAUAGACCAAAAUUUUAUUGUAGAAGAUCAUUGUUCUCGCAAUCAAAUUGUCGAAAUUACGAUAUUAUGGAUUGUUCUGCCACAUUCACUGUCGACAGAAAUAUAUUUGUCCUUGGUGUACAAGUGCCAACCCAGGUAACUAUAGAUCCUUGCAAUCACCUUAUGAAUGAGACGUAUUUGAACAUGACGUACACGGAAGUUCUGUAUGCUCAUCUUCUUGACUCUGAUGGUUCUAGAUUAACGUACACACAUUAUACAACAAAAGCAGGUGCGAAUGAAUUAGUCGAAAUUUCGUUUAAUCAACCGGUAUAUAUUCAAAAAAAUAAGAUGUACAAGGUUGGCGUGGUUUUCAAUAAACCUGGUGUAUAUCCUACUGGGUCUUGUGCUCAGAGACAAAAUUGUGAAAAUGUCUCAUUUACAUUUAAUAUAGGAAUUAACGGAGUGGAUUACAUUAGAGAUGGUCUCAUAAGGUCAAUUGUCUUCACAUAUCGUUAAUCAAAACUAGGAUCUAAAUCUAUUAUAUUUAUGUAUUGUUAAUUGAAAAUUGAA